AACUUACAUUCUGAGUCUUCGUCUCCAUCUUAGUUUGGUCACAUUACUCUUCGCCAGAUCGAUUUGUAUCGACAACUAGACGUGUUUUUGUUGAAACAUUUUUUUGGGAAUCAAAGUAAAACCAAAAUUCAAUCUUCUGACCAAUUCCCAUUAUUUUGUGCCUUAGUGAAGAUGGAUUCAAAGCAAUUUCGUGAAGCUGCCAAACAACUUGUUGAUUAUAUUUGUGAUUAUCAUGACAAUAUACGAGAUCGCGAUGUUUUGCCAGCCGUUCAACCAUAUUUUCUUGAGAAGCAAAUGCCUGGUUCAGCACCAGAAAAUGGUGAACCAUGGACAUCCGUGUUCAAUGAUAUUGAAAAGUUAAUUAUGCCUGGGAUGACACACUGGCAUUCGCCUCGAUUUCACGCUUAUUUUCCAACAGCCAGCUCUUAUCCAGCCAUUUUAGCCGAUAUGUUAAGCGGAGCUUUGGGCUGUGUAGGCUUUAGUUGGAUUUCAAGUCCGAUUUGUACUGAGCUGGAAAUGUCCAUGAUGGAUUGGCUUGGUAAAAUGCUUCAUUUACCAUCUGAGUUUCUCUUUUCCUCUCAUGGCAAAGGCGGUGGAGUGAUUCAAGAGGCUGCAAGUGAAUCUACUUUAAUCUGUAUGCUGGCAGCUCGAAGUAGAGCGAUAACAAAAUACUCUUCCUCUUCUUCACCAAAAAACAAAUCACCUUUGAACAAGUUAGUCGCUUAUUGUUCAACUCAAGCCCAUUCAUCGGUAGAAAAGGCUGCCUUAUUAAGUGCAGUAAAAAUUCGCAGUCUAGAUCCAGACACGAAUCUUUCUUUGCGCGGAGAGACACUGGAAAGGGCGAUAAAAGACGACAGGGAAAAAGGAUUGAUCCCAUUCUUUGUUGCUGCCUCAUUAGGAACAACCAAUAGCUGUGCAUUUGAUAACAUCAUUGAAAUUGGCCAAAUAUGUCAAAAGGAAGAUAUUUGGUUACAUAUCGAUGCAGCUUAUGCCGGUUCAGCUUUCAUUUGUCCUGAGUAUCGCCAUUAUCUCAAUGGAGUUGAUAAAGCUGAUUCCUUCAAUAUGAAUCCACACAAAUGGCUGUUAGUUAACUCUGAUUGUUCUGCUUUAUGGGUUAAAAAUUUAAAUUUGAUUAGCGAUGCUUUCAAUGUUGAUCCAGUUUACUUGAAAUAUGAUAAACAAGGGCAAAUCCACGAUUUUCGGCAUUUGCAAAUAGCAUUGGGUCGUCGAUUCCGUUCAUUGAAAAUGUGGUUCGUUUUCCGACUUUAUGGAC